UUCGUGGGUGUAGUUGGCUGGCGUUUGGAAAAAGCGAAAGAAUUGUGCUUAAUGUUGCUGAUAUCUGUGCCGUGUAAACAUUAAGUAGAAAAAGGUGUAUUAGCUAAGAAUUUGUGCGCGACUAGAAGCGGCGGCGGCGGCGGACGUGCGCGCCAAUUUGUUUAUAAUAAAAGUUUAAGAAGAAAUUUCAUUUGCAUUGAAUUAUAGGUAUUGUGUGUGCGCGAAAAGCAGAUUUAUAUGUUCGCUGAUUGCUCGUUGGAACGCAACGCCAUCAGUGUCAAAAGAUACAAAACACAAAUUCUACAGGGUGUGGUUGUUGUGCAGUGGUCGAUUAUACUUUAGAUCAAAAAAAAUUCAUUAACAAAAUUAUAAAUUAUACAUACAUAUGUAAUAGCUUAUGGCGAAGUUUUGUUGAAGCAGCAAACGUAGCCAUUGUGUUGGUGAAACGCGGCCGAAAAAGCAUUAAAGAUAUUGUAAAUUAAUUUAUGCGUAACGCGAACAAAAUUAAUUGAGAAAUUUAUGCAAAUUUGGCCAUGUACGGGUUUGGUGACGGUGACGGUGACGGCAGCGCGGCCGAUUUUGUUUAAUAAUUCAGGCAAUGACAUUGCUACUUGUAAAAGGAAUGGUUGCGCGGUAGUGAAACGGUGUGGCUUAUAUUAUUCUCGCAAUAAGGAAAAAGUGCAAGAAAAAACAAAAGAAUUUUUCUUUUAUUAAAAAAUGGCAUACAACUGCCUGCCUCUAAUGUGUAUGUGAAGAAAAACAUAACCAUUAUAAAAGUCACUUUGAUAGCAGCGACGGCGACGACCACGCCGAGGACGCCCUCGUCAGCAAACUCUUUUUUGCUUUUGCACUUUAUCAAGAGCAGGUGUAUUAAGCGCGGAAGGCGGCUAUCUGUGGUAGAUGGCCGGCUGAAAUGAGUCAAAGCAACGAGACGCUACAAAAACAACAACGUCGACGACAUGUCCCGGCUUGCUGAUUAUUUUGUUAUUGUCGGCUAUGAUAACGAUAAAGAACGAACUGCUGCUGGUAACAGCCAAAUUUCAUGUGGCAAGAUCGUGCAGCGUUUUCCGGAAAAGGACUGGCCGGAUACGCCAUUUAUUGAGGGCAUAGAAUGGUUCUGUCAACCACUUGGCUGGGGCUUGUCGUAUGAUAAGCAAGAACCGAAAUUCUUCACUUCCGUACUCACUGAUAUCGAUGCGAACAAGCAUUACUGCGCCUGUCUUAGCUUCCACGAAACAUUGGCAAUCACACUUAACAAAGUCAUCGAUGAGGAGGAUGAGGCGACAGCGACGGUCAGCGGCAUAGCUGGCACAAAAUUCCAAUCAGCCAUUACGGCAAGCACAAGUAGCGGUGGCAGUGGCAGCAAUAAUAUAAUUUCACAUCACAGCGUUAUGUAUGCGCCGAAAUGCCUAGUACUAAUAUCGCGGCUCGACUAUGCAGACACAUUUAAGAACUGUCUGGGUACUAUUUACACUGUAUACAUCGAGAAUCUGCCUUACGCAUUGGAGAAUCUCAUCGGUAAUAUACUUGGCUGUAUACAGGUGCCACCUGCGGGCGGCCCACAAGUACGCUUCUCCAUAGGCGCUGGCGAUAAGCAGUCGCUGCAGCCGCCGCAAUCGCCAUCGCUACCAGUAACUGGCACAUCUGUUUAUUUUGUUUUUAAGCAACUAGGUAUUAAGAAUGUACUUAUACUUUUGUGCGCCGUUAUGACGGAGAAUAAAAUUCUAUUCCAUUCGAAAAGCUAUUCACAUUUAACUGAAAGUUGUAAAGCUCUGGUAUCGCUCAUGUAUCCAUUCAGAUAUACGCACGUGUACAUUCCGAUACUACCGGCACCACUAACCGAAGUGCUCUCCACACCCACACCUUUCAUAAUGGGCAUACAUAGUUCGUUGGUGAGCGAAAUCACCGAUCUGCUGGAUGUUAUAGUUGUGGAUUUAGACGGAGGGAUGGUGACGAUACCUGAGUCAUUGUCACCGCCAGUACCCAUACUGCCAUCACCACUCUGGGAACAAACACAAGAACUACUGGCAAUGAUACUGUUUCCGAAUUUGUCACAGGCUGACUUGGCCUUUCCAUCGAUCGAGAAGCCAACGAACUACCCAAAAUCGGAUGCAGUAAUUGAUAAGGAAUUGCGCGCAAUUUUCAUGCGCCUCUUCGCGCAAUUAUUGCAGGGCUACCGCUCGUGUCUGACAAUUAUACGCAUAUAUCCCAAGCCGGUGAUCACAUUUCACAAGGCCGGUUUUCUGGGUGCACGCGACUUGAUUGAGAGUGAAUUUUUGUUUCGCGUAUUGGACAGCAUGUUUUUCACGACCUUCGUGAACGAACGUGGACCGCCAUGGCGUUCGGCUGACGCCUGGGAUGAGUUAUACAGUUCGAUGAAUGAGAUACUGAAAAGUGAGGCGCAAAAUAAAAGUUUGAUUUCAAUACACAUCCAGGAGUUGGGGAAAACCCUCUGCGAAAACGAAUGUCCCAAUCAACAGGUCUACGCACAAAAAGUACUACGCCCACCGGACGGCUCCUUCCACCGCAUCCACCAGCCGGCCUUUCCACGCAUUAACAGUGAAAAGGUAGAACUAAUUAUAAACGAUGGUAUGCGCAAGAACUGCAUCUCGCAUCGUUUGACUGUGUUGCGUCAUCAAAUGCGCAUCAUACCAAUGGGACCGCGGUUGCCCGAAGUGCUUGAUGUGCGCCCGGCAGUAUUAAAUUCAGCACGUCGACUUGAGGUACUGAAAACUUGUGUCGCUUACAUUUUCGAAAAUAAAAUCGCCGAUGCGCGCAAACUAGUGCCGGCAGUGAUGCGCACACUCAAGCAUCGUGACGCACGCCUUAUACUCUGUCGUGAACUAUUCGGUUAUGUGCAUGGCAACAAAGCGGUGCUCGAUCAUCAACAAUUCGAUUUAGUUAUAAAAUUUAUGAACAAAACGGUACAAAAUUCCACCGGUGUUGAUGAGUAUACUGUUGCGGCAGCACUGCUACCCAUGUCAACUAUCUUCUGCCGCAAACUAUCGACUGGCAUUGUACAAUUCGCCUACACUUGUAUACAGGAUCACCCGAUAUGGAAAAAUUUACAAUUUUGGGAAUCCACUUUUUAUCAAGAUGUGCAGACGCAAAUCAAAGCUUUGUAUAUGCAACGUCGCCGUCAAAAUGAACACAAUAAAGAAUCGAAUAUCGUGCUGGACGAUGUACCGUUGGAAGAACCGACUGCACUUGAGAUAACCGCCGAGCAAAUGCGUAAAAGUCCAAUGAUUGAGGAAGAUAAAAAGACGGAAUUGGCGCAAUCAGAGGAAUCCACGCUCUACAGUCAGGCUAUACAUUAUGCUAAUCGUAUGGUUUCGCUGCUAAUACCACCAGACGUAAAUGCGGUGGGGCCAAAGCCUAAGCAGUCCUUUCGCCUGGACGAUAAUCAAAGCGUAUCAAAUAGAACAAAUACUUUCACUAAAUUGAGUAUUAUGGGCUCGCAUAGCUUAAGUGAACAUUCAGAUGAAGGCUUUGAGGAGAACGACGCCUUGGAAGUGGGUGGCACCGUCGGUAAAAUAGUUUCGCGUUUCAUUGAUCGCGUCUGCACCGAAGGCGGUGUAACCUCGGAGCAUAUACGCAAUCUACACGACAUGGUGCCAGGUGUGGUGCACAUGCAUAUUGAAAUGCUGGAGUCGGUGUAUCUAGAGUCCAAACGACAUCCACAUGUGCAAAAGCCAAAGAUACAAACGCCAUGUCUACUGCCGGGCGAGGAGAUCGUAACAGAUCACUUGCGUUGCUAUCUCAUGCCCGACGGACGAGAGGAUGACACGCAGAGCUGGAUACCUGCCGAAGGUGCGCUGUUCUUAACAAAUUAUCGUAUCGUGUUCAAAGGUUCCCCCUGUGAUCCGCUUGCUUGCGAACAGACCAUCAUACGCGCUUUUCCCAUCUCCUCGCUGCUGAAGGAGAAAAAGAUCUCAGUACUUUACCUAUCGCAUUUAGAUCAAACCCUACCAGAGGGUUUACAGUUACGUUCCAGCACCUUCCAACUAAUGAAAAUUGCAUUCGACACGGAGGUAACACCAGAAAUGAUUGAGACUUUCCGUAAAAUACUCACGAAGGCGCGGCAUCCGAUCGAUGAGUUCGAACACUUCGCCUUCCAAUCGUACGGUACUAUUAUGCAUGGGACCGCACCUUCAAAAACCAAAGAAAAAUACUCAACACUGAAAGGCUUCGCAAAGAAAACAAUUUUGCGUAAAUUCAAACAAAAAGCGCCAACUAAACGCAAACUGGUUACUUCUACUCUGGAUUUUGAUACGCUCGGCCCAUCGACGGAAGCCAUAGAUACACAUUCUCUAGACGAUGAACUCGAAGAUGACGAGUUCGAAACAAAUACUGACACAAUGCCGAGAUUGUUGACUGCGAAAGAUGUGGAACGCAUGCGUGAACGCAGUUAUGUGCGUGAUUGGAAGCGAUUAGGAUUUGACGAAACGCAAAAUGGUUUCCGCAUAACCACAGUCAAUGCCAACUACAGUCUGUGUCGUUCGUACCCUGCGCUGUUGGUUGCACCUGUGCAGAUAAAUGACGAUGCACUGCUGCAUUUGGGGCGCUGCUACAAGAGUCAACGCAUACCGGUGGUGACGUGGCGACAUCGUAAUGGCGCGCUGCUGAUACGAGGAGCUCUACCACACAGCAAAUCGGUGAUCGGCAUGUUGAAGAACUCCACCGGCUCGAAUACGAUGUCACACGACGUCGCUAACUAUCACGAACAAGAUAAAUAUAUUUCAGCACUCAUUGAUUCAAUGCCAAAAAAUCUCUCCUUAGCAUUGGCACAAUAUAAUUUGACCGGCAUGAAUUUGUCCAUGAAUUCUCUGUUGCUAAACGCUGGCGAUGAGUCGUCUUACCUCAAUCGGGCGGAGACUUCAUUGACGCCAGAAGUUAGUCGCAAACAUAAAUCGGGAAUUGCGCCUGGGAGCGAUUCCAAAACGAACAAUUGGACAGAUUCUUUGAAACCGAAAUCGAAUACCAUAAAGAAUAACUCAUCGGUGACAGCGGCUGCAGCAGCGUAUCGGAAGUUGCGCUUAUAUGUGUUAGGUGAAAAAUCUCAAACGAAAUCCGGCAUAAAUGCGGAUCUCUGCGCUGAAUUUAUAGCCGUCGACUAUGCCGAUUACCGCCAAUCACGCAUCGCUUUUAAGAAGCUAAUGCGCGCUUGUUUACCAUCGAAUACAACCAACGACGCCGACCAGACGUUCGCCAAGAGUGUUGAACAAUCCGAGUGGCUGCAACAAAUCUCUUCCCUGCUGCAACUUUCCGGCGCUGUGGUCGACUUAAUGGAUUUGCAAGAAUCUAGUGUGAUGCUUUCGCUGGAGGAUGGCUGGGAUAUAACUGCGCAAAUAUCAUCCAUUGCACAACUCUGCCUUGAUCCCUACUAUCGCACAAUGGAGGGUUUUCGCGUGCUGAUCGAGAAAGAUUGGAUUGCAUUUGGACAUCGUUUCGCGCACCGUAGCAAUUUGAAGCCGGCCCAUGGCAACUCAAGUAUUGCGUUUGCGCCAACAUUUUUGCAGUUCUUAGAUGCUGUUUACCAAAUACAAAAGCAAUUUCCAAUGGCGUUUGAGUUCAAUGAGUUCUAUGUACGCUUCCUGGCCUACCAUAUGGUGUCAUGUCGUUUCCGCACAUUUCUGUUUGACUGUGAAGUGGAGCGUUUCGAUUUGGGUAUCGCAUCCGUAGAAGACAAACGUGGAUCGUUGAGCACUAAACAUCAUCUUUUGGGUAACACCGGCUCCGAUGACGAAGGCGUCUACCCCAUGGACGUGCGCAGUAAGGCGGCGCAAUCAGCGGUGAAUUUCAAUCGCAUCGGUCACUCCAUUUUCGACUACAUUGAACGUCAGCAUGCGAAGACACAAAUUUUCUACAAUUUCAUGUACUGUGUGCGUGACGAUGUACUACGACCGCAGAGCUCACUGCCCUCACUCGAUCUCUGGCCCUACUAUACCAACGAAGAAUUGGCACAGGGUCCGCCUUACGAUCUAGAAUUGACUAAUGCAGAUGAUGAAAUCGAUCUCUGCGAGUUGCGUGGCAAACGAAUCGUCAUUAGUGCUGGAUAUGAUAAUAUCGAAAAGACCAAUCCGAAUGCAUUUGUGUGUUUGCUUAGCGAUGUGCGACAAGCAGAAACCGAGCGUGGUCAGUUGCCACAAAAAUGGUUGCAAGUAUGGGAUCAGUUGGAAGUGCCGCAAAUGGAGGAGUUGACACGCAAGUCAUCGUUGAGCAGCAUGCUUUUGCAAUCUCACGGCAAAUUGGCGCACAAACGCUCCACCCUGGAGAUUCUCAUGAAGGGGCGAUUGAGUGGUUAUCAGGAUAAAUUCUUUCAUCCGCAUCGUUUUGAGAAGCAUCCCUACACCACACCCACCAACUGCAACCAUUGCACCAAACUUUUGUGGGGUCCAGUGGGUUAUCGUUGUAUGGACUGUGGCAAUUCUUAUCAUGAAAAAUGCACCGAAGUGUCAUUGAAGAAUUGCACUAAAUAUAAGGCCGUCGACGGAGUUGUGCCACCAAAUGUGAACAUCUCGCAAGGUGACACCUCAAGCAUUGCAUCGAGUGCUGCUACAACAGCACGCACCUCCAGUCACCAUUUCUAUAAUCAGUUUAGCAGCAAUGUGGCGGAAAAUCGCACACAUGAAGGUCACCUUUACAAACGAGGGGCGCUUUUAAAAGGCUGGAAGCAGCGUUGGUUUGUAUUGGACUCCAUAAAACAUCAACUACGCUAUUAUGACUCCGGCGAAGAUUCGCAGUGCAAAGGAGUUAUAGAAUUGGCGGAAGUGCAAUCAGUUACGCCGGCGCAGCCCGCACAAAUCGGUACGAAACGCAUCGACGAGAAGGGUUUCUUUGAUUUAAAGACCAAUCGACGCACCUACAAUUUCUAUGCGGUUAAUGCGAAUUUAGCUCAAGAAUGGAUUGAAAAAAUUCAAGCUUGCCUACAGUAGAUGAACUUAGCCGCCUAGCAAAAACAUUUCCUCAUAUAUCCGUUUCUUGCGUGUAUUAUUUUUAAGAUUUUACUUAAGUUAUUAAUUAAGUUGCAUACGAAAACAAAGACUCAAAAAAAUUAAAAAAAAUGACGAGUACUUGAAAUAAAAAAGUUUAAAAAAUGCAGUGUUGUAUUCAAACUUUAGCAAUAGCAUAAAAUACAAAACAAUGCAAACGAAGCUUAUCUAUAUAAAUAUAUAUAUAUAUAUAUAUAUAUAUAUAUCUAUAUACAGUUAUUAUAUACAUAUUAGCGACAAACCGAUGUAUGUUUAAGUGUUGUGUGUGUUGAUUUCCUUCUUUUUGUAAUGUUUUUAUUUUUUUUUUUUUUGUUUUUUACGCUGUCAACAGCAAAAUGAAAAAAAUAAAUAUUAAUGAACAUAUUUAAAAUAGUUAAAUAUGCAUAUGUAUGUAUAUAAUGACGCUCUCCCAUCUGUGCGCAUGCGAAUGCCCGCGCCUUUUGUAUUUAUUCUUGUAUAUUUCAGUUGUUGCCUUGACUUAUUUUUCUUACAAUUAGAAACGUAACUUCUGUGUAAUAACAUUGCGCUGCAUUUGUAUGUAUUGUAUAGUAUCUACAUAUGUACAUUCAUACUACAUAGUGGGUUAAUGUUUGAUUAGUCUAAUUAUUCUUAUUCUAGUUAUUAAUAAUUUUUACUAUUAAAUAUAUUAUAAA